AUGGCUGGAGUUGCUGAUUCGAGUUACUGUUCUCUCCCCAUGUCUAAAUUUUCAUCUUCAAGUACUCCUGAGAAAGUGACAUUCAAUCUUCGUCCGUGCUCGUUUGUAGAAAUGGUUGGUGUGUAUGUGGGUUGUGUUAAAUAUUUUCCCACCUGUUCUUUUGCAAGGAGUUUUCAAGAUAACAAGAAGUACAAAAAUUUAAUAAUAGCUGCGAGUUCUUCUCAGCAAACUGUUCAUGUUCAAGGAGAUAAUCAGGUAAGCUUGGAGUUCAAACGUUUAUCCAGAGUAGGGGAAGUGAAUGCAGCUCUUCAAGUAAUGGAUAAAAUGGAGAAGAACCGAGUUUUCUUGGGUUCCGUCGAUAUCGUUGAACUGCUGAAGUGUUGUAUUGAUUUGAAGUUGUUGGAAGCUGGGAAAAGGUUCAUGAGUAUGUUCUGCGGUCUCAGUCAGAACCCAGUACGGUUGUGUUUAAUAAACUGGUGGAGAUGUACUGUGGAUUGGCCGAAAAUGGCGAAGGAAAAGAUCUUUGUCCAGAUGAAAGAAGCCGGAGUGAGGCCCAAUGGGUCUACUUUUGAUGGUGUUAUUGAGGCUUGUAUGGUUGAUCUUCUUGGAAGGUCACAGAAGAUUGCUGAGGCUAAAGAGAUCACCGAGAACAUGCCAAUUGAACCAAGCUCUGUGGUGAGGGAGACACUAGAAAAAUACACCAAAAGUGGACCUACAGAGCGGCCUGGUGAAUUGGGUUCAUUUGUAUCACCUUCAGGCUUGAGACUUAGCAAUAAGAAAAAGGUUAAGGGAAAGUCUAAUUUCAAACCAGAUGAAGGGGAGUCCAGAGAGAAGCAAGGCCUACGAAAAGUUGAGGUAGUUGGUAAGGAGGUGAGGGAAGCUGGCUAUGUGCCAGACACAAAGUAUGUACUUCAUGAUCGAUCUCGACUGAGAAGCAAAAGAGAAGGCAUUGAUGUAUCACAGUGA